GAGUGAGGCGGGCGAAGUUACUCCGCGGCGCCGGGCCCCUCCGAGGGACUGCGGGCGGGGAAGAGCCUGUCCCCGCGGUGCUGGGAGAGCUGACACCGCCGCCGCCAGCAGAGCAGCCCGGCUUUGGCCAUGAAGAGGAAACAGAAAAGGUUUCUGCAAAUGACGCUGCUCUUCACCGCGGCUCUGAUUUUCCUGCCUGACAUCGGCCUCUGGUCUCUGUACAAGGAGAAGCACCUGGUGAAGCCGCCCGAAGCCGCGGAGCCGCAGACACUUCCUUUGGGGCUGGGAGAUGGACAGCUCUUUACCUGGACUGAUGGCCUGAAAAGGAAGGACUGGCAUGAUUAUGAAAGCAUUCAAAAAGAUGCUAUGCGUUCAGGGAAAGGUGAACAUGGGAAACCAUACCCUCUUACAGAGGAAGACCAUGAUGAUUCUGCUUAUAGGGAAAACGGCUUCAACAUAUUUGUUAGCAACAACAUAGCACUGGAACGAUCCCUGCCAGACAUCCGGCAUCCUAACUGUAAGCACAAGGUGUACUUGGAAACACUACCAAACACCAGCAUCAUCAUCCCAUUCCAUAACGAGGGCUGGACUUCGCUCUUGCGCACGAUCCACAGCAUCAUCAACCGCACUCCAGACAGCCUGAUCGCAGAGAUCAUCCUGGUGGAUGACUUCAGUGACAGAGAACAUUUAAAAGAGAAGCUGGAGGAGUACAUGGUGCGUUUUGCCAAGGUGAGGAUUGUGCGCACCAAGAAACGAGAAGGGCUCAUUCGGACCAGGUUGCUGGGAGCCUCGCUGGCUAGAGGAGAAGUCUUGACAUUUCUGGAUUCCCACUGCGAAGUCAACGUGAAUUGGCUGCCACCCUUGCUUAACCAGAUUGCACUUAACCACAAAACCAUCGUGUGUCCUAUGAUCGAUGUCAUUGACCACAAUCACUUUGGCUACGAGGCACAGGCAGGGGAUGCCAUGCGAGGAGCUUUUGACUGGGAAAUGUACUACAAAAGAAUCCCAAUUCCUCCGGAGCUCCAGAGAGCUGAUCCCAGCGACCCCUUUGAGUCUCCUGUAAUGGCUGGAGGUCUAUUUGCUGUUAACCGGAGAUGGUUUUGGGAGCUAGGAGGCUAUGAUCCAGGAUUAGAAAUAUGGGGAGGAGAGCAGUAUGAAAUCUCCUUUAAGGUGUGGAUGUGUGGGGGUGGCAUGUAUGAUGUUCCAUGCUCUCGAGUUGGACAUAUCUACAGAAAGUAUGUUCCAUAUAAAGUCCCUUCUGGAACCAGCCUGGCACGGAACCUGAAGCGAGUGGCUGAGACGUGGAUGGAUGAGUUUGCAGAGUACAUUUACCAGCGACGGCCUGAGUAUAGGCAUCUCUCAACUGGUGAUAUCUCUGCCCAGAAGGAGCUGCGCAAGCACCUCAAGUGUAAAGAUUUCAAGUGGUUCAUGGCUGCAGUGGCUUGGGAUGUCCCCAAAUAUUACCCUCCUGUGGAACCUCCACCUGCUGCCUGGGGGGAGAUUCGAAAUGUGGCAGCCAACCUCUGUGUGGACAGCAAACACGGAGCCACGGGAACUGAGCUGAGGUUGGACAUCUGUGUGAAGGACGGCUCAGAACGAACAUGGUCACAUGAACAGCUCUUCACCUUUGGUUGGAGAGAAGACAUCCGCCCUGGGGAGCCACUUCACACCAGGAAGUUCUGCUUUGAUGCCAUCUCACACAGUAGUCCUGUCACACUGUAUGACUGUCACGGGAUGAAGGGGAACCAGCACUGGAGCUAUAGGAAGGACAAAACUUUGUUCCAUCCGGUAAGCAGCAGCUGCAUAGAUUGCAACCCAGCUGAGAAGAAGAUUUUCAUGAACAGAUGUGAUCCUUUAUCUGAAACGCAACAGUGGAUUUUUGAACACAUUAAUAUGACUGUUUUAGAAAAAUUUAACAGCAAAGCCAGUUCCUAGAAGGAAAAAAAAAAAAAAAAGAAAAAAUGAACGCACCUAUUUACGCCUAUUUACGUACAGACUGCAGACUACAUUUUUGCCAGCAUCUGGGUCAAAGGAGUCAGGAAUUAAACUUCCUAGAUCCAGGAAAUCUGUUCUGAGGAUUAAGAAAAUGCCACAGCAAGAGCCAGCAGGCUGUCCUUGUGGAUAUACAGUAUCUGGAGGACUUGGCCAAGAGCCUCACCGGAUGCUGCUGAGAACUUCAGGCUGAAAAUUCCCUUGCUGGUCAAGGGAAAAACUUUGUUUAAAAACUGUUUAAAAGUACUCCAAGUUAAUAAAGUAAAACAAAACUCUAGAGUUUCUCAGGUCAAAUCCUGCUAUAGUGAGUAGCUCAGAACAGAUGCUAUGAUUUGGGAUGGGUUUAUGGAGUGCAUGACACCUACAGGGACCUGAAGAAAUCCCAGGUUUUAGAAUUAAACAUGCUGGUAGAAGAGUAAUGAUAUCCCAGCAUUCCCUAGACAAGAUAUAUGCUCUGUUGACAUUCUCUUAAUAAAAGGUUGGGUUAAGCAGGUUUAACCCUCAGAACUGCUGCAAUUAAUUUAAAAUACCUCCCUUUUACAUUCCAUUCAUUACCAAAAUAGGAAUGGUAGAAACCUUAGGGUCUAGAAUUACACUAUAGUGAAGCAUGAAAUAAACUGUAUGGUUUUGCCCUCACAUUUUCCUCCCUUCAGGAAAAAUAAAGCAAAGCAAUCAAAUUUAAAUAUAUGAUAUAUUUAGCAGUUGUGAUUCAAAUCCCAUUGUCAUACAAGGUGAGAUUUUUUUUUUAGUGACAAAUAUAACAGCAGUAGCUGCAGCAUAACAGAAGGCUUGUGGACUAUCUGUCUUUUUUAAAGGUAGAAUCUUUACCAACAUAUAAAUUAAAUUGAAAAUAGGCUGGGGAAAAAAAUCCAGAGGAGAGUGGAAAAUAAUUGCAUACUGCAUGCUAAACUAGGUUAGUCAAAUUAAUACUGGUAUGCUGCCAUCACCUAAAAGCAUGUUGACUCCCUGCAGUGCAGCUUAAAAGAUCUUGCAGUGCUCUUGACACAGAGGAGUGGAGAGAAAAAUUGACAGGAAAUCAGUUGGGUGGUUUCAGAGUUUUUGAAAUCUGUGAUGGAAAUCGUGAACUUUCCACAGCGAGCAAGUGAAUGGUAUUGUAGAUACCUCAUGAGGGAGGAAACAAGAAGUGCAAGCAAGUCACACAUUGCAGUAUUUUGGUACUUUAGACACAGGCACUAUUCAGGGUAACACAGACUUCCAUCACAGUGAUGAUCACGAUGGGUCCCUCAGACGUAUCAAGCUGUUGGAGAGAGAGGCCUCUAAAACAUUUUGAAAGGGUGUCUAUGAUUCUUCUCAGUUCAUACUGAUAUGUGGAACAUGACUGAUAACUUUGAGAUUGUUCAAGGAAAGAACGAGUAUAGAUUUAUAUCAGGUAAAUACCUAGCUUUUGCUUGAAAGAUGAAUUUACAGAUGAAAGCAUCAUAAAUUCAGAUAGAUCACAUCCUCUGUGCUGUAACUCCUUUCAGGUUCCAAAAAUAACAUUUGUAAUUAAGUUGCUAAUUGUGAUUGCUGGUGAGGUGACUGACUAACCAAAAUACUAAUGGGCAAUCUAAUCUGUUUUAAGGGAGUGGAGUGACUUCAUUUGUUUAUUUCUCCUUAAACUCUGUUUAUGCACAAAGAGCAUUGAUUGCAUUGAGAAUGGUUCUAGUACCAAUAUGCUAUUAUAUAGGAAUAUUUUGUAGUUGCAGGUCAUAUGAGAGUUUUAAAAGGGGAAUGAGGUCCUGUAGCCUUCAGGGAUACAUGCACUUGGGAAAUUGUGAAAUUUCCAAUAUAUUGAGCAAUUGCUGCAAGUUAUUGGAGAGAUCUUUCUAAUAAUUUAAAGGAAUGUGUCCAUAGAGUUGUCAUUUUAUGAUUUUAAAAUAAGUGAGCUUGUUUAGGUAUUGUUUGAAUUUAAUUUGAAGAUAUGGUGUGCUCAGGAACAGAAGAAGGUUCCAGUAUGAGGAUACAUCAUUGAUGACCAGGAUACUUUGUUUAGCUGUCACAGCAUCAUUUAUUUGCAGCCUGAUCAUGAGGAAAGAGGGUUUGGGAAAAGAAGAAAAUGGCUGCCUCAAAUAUAAGUGCAGCCCUUAAGCUGCUGGUUGUAACUGGCCCCAAACUGUCAGUCCUGGAAGCGACACUGUAUGUCUGAAAUAGAGAAGCAAAGGAGGAUUGCUAAGCCAGAACAGAUUGGUAGGGUUAUGUCAUUCAGUGUCUGACUGCAUCUCAAUGGUCUGAUUUUGAGAUGUCUAAUGGGAACUAGGCUGCUCCUAGGGCAAAGAAAAUCUAUGCCUUUUACAGCCCUUGUUGAGUCUUAUUGCACAGCACCUUACACUGCCAAAGGAAGCCUUGUACUUACUUGUAGCUGAUCACAAAUUGUAAACUCUUGCAGUCCUUGUCCAGAAAGCAAUCUAUGUGACUAAUAGUCAGAUAUUGUGGGGAAAGAGAACAGUCCUUGCACAGGACUCCUUCAACAAAAGUUUUAUUAAUAAUAAAUGAUCAUUGCUGCUUUUCAGUUCAAGUCUGUCUUGGGUAUUCUCCAAAGGUUUCCACUGAUAAGAGUAUUUCAUUACCAAUUUGCCAUGCAGAAUUUCUUUAAUUCUUCCUGCAACCAUAUCUUUUCCAGCCAAUAAACUUCUGAACAAUUUUUUAGGUUGGAGAGUUGUAUCUUCCUCUCAUAUUUCUCCCGGAGUAUUUAACUUUAACGUGUGUUUCUUCAAAAGACUAUGGAAUUUCUUCGUAGAAUUUUUUUUAAAUACCAGGUAGUUCUGAACACAUUUUAAAUAUAGCACAUAGGUGGCAUUAACUAAUGUGGGCUUAUCAUUUCAGGGGAGCUAUACUGAUUUCCUCAACUAUUUACUUGCUUCUGUUUUUUUCAAUUGAUUAUUUUAUGGCUUUAAUCAAGAGAUCUGAAAAGAAGAUCUUUGUAUCUGUAAGAGUUCAUCUACCCUAAAUGUUUUCCAUUUAGUAUUAACUGACCUUUUUUUUGUGGCCAGCAAACUGCUACAACUGGAGAGAGCAACUGGAAAAACUGAAAUAAACUCCAAGUGCAACUAAAACUCUGAAACAAGACAUCUUCCCCUGAAUAUAUUCCAGGAUCUAAACUAAAAAGAGGCCUUGGGGGACAGGGCUCAAAGGAGAGAGGAGGAGCUGGGAAACAAAGUCUUUCAAAUAUGGGAGAGUAGCCUUGUUGCGGAGACAUGACAAGACUUCACUUUUCAUUGGCCGCAGUCUUAUUUCAGAAAAAUGAGAUUGCUUUAGAACAAAUGUUUCUGCAGCAGUAUGGAUAUUCCUGGGUGUGAUCCAUUUAUGAAUAGCUGCUGAACUAAGUCUGUCUCAUGAUGAAGAUAGACUAAGCUUGAAAUGAAGCUGACAAGCACUUAACAACCUUUGAUUACUGGCGAUUUACCAGGCAUCAGUGUCUCCAGUGGCCUUAGUGAAAUCUUAUGCCACAUAGAAUAAAUGUGUAUAAAUAGCUUGACCAAACUGAUUAGAUAGGAGGCACUUCUGCAGGAGUGGGUGUUACCUUUGUUUAAAAAAAUUCAUAAUCACAAUUCAUUUGCAUUUUUACUGAUAACUUCUGCAAGGGACUGAGUGAGGGAGAUCCUUUUAGCCUAUCUGGAUGGAUUGGAGAUGGAGCAUUUUAGGAAGGCAGUACUGGCAAGUUUUCAGUGUGGCUGACACCAGGGGUGCAUCCAUUUGCUAUUUAAAGAGCAUCUGUAAUGUUGAUAACCCAGUGCCUUUCAAGAGAACACAGCAUGUAUGUUAAAAAGAAGGAAUAUGAUAAUGGUUUGAUUUUUCUUUUUUAAUCCAUCAAGGUUGUUAGGGAAAUAAUUUCAAAGCCUUGAAAACAACACAAAGUGAUCAAAAGUAAUGUUUUUUAUAGUGAUGUUAAUUUAUUCAUUUGUUUAACCCCCUCCCAAAUAUGUUCCAUAUUCUCCUAAAAGAGCACAUGGGUUCAAGAGUUGCUUUUACAUAACAUUUCAGGAUCUUGCCCUGUCUGAAAAUUUUGAAAAGUCUUAAAAAAAAUUAGGAAAUGUAAACCAAAAGGUAACAUAAAAACCUAAGAAAACUACCUAUUAUGUCUAGUGUACCAAGAGACGUUGUUAAAAGUUUGCUAAGAUAGUAUCUUUCAACUGUAAAAAUUUUAGAUUAAUAAGUAAUAGAGUUAUUAACUCUUUAGUGUGUAGUGCUUUUUAUUUAAGAUUUUUUAAUUUUAAUAAUGUAGUGUAUUUGUGUGGUCGUUGCUGACAGGUUUGGUUUUUUUUAACCCCACAUAAUACAUAAAUCUGUCUUAGGUCUCCUGAAACAUUUCUCUCCUCAUAUUUCCUUGUUAUAAUUCUGAAUGCACUGGAUUUAAGAAAAUGCAAACAUAUGAAAAAAAUCUCUGAAAGGUAAGAAACAUAUGUAAAAACAAAUAAUGAGAAAGUUUAGCUAGUGAAAUUCAGAGAAAUGUAUCACAUUUCCAAAGCUUCAGCAGCAUUCAGAAAAUACAUUUGCUCUGUGAAGUGGUUUCUGUUCUUUCAGUGUAUCAUUAAUAUCAGUGGUACUACUCCUGGGACAGGACUUCUGAAACUGGUGUUACUAGCAUUUGGACAACAUGGUGCCAGAAGGGGGAAAAAACCUAGAGCUUCAGCAAAGAUUUCAUUUCAAACACUGCAAUCUGGUAUGCCUUAAGAUUUUCCUUGUUUUCUAAGGUUUCUGUUACCUUAGUAGGUUUUUUUUUUUUACAGGACCUUACAGUGCAGGAGGUGCUUCAGUGGGCCUUAUGAAAACAAUGCAGGCAACAGGGGAACAAAGAGGAUAUGGGUUAAAACAAUAAUAAUUUGUGAUUACCUAAAGGUGGAUUUACCAUAGCACUGUCCAGUAGGUUGAUUAUAUACAAAAAUAAGUUUAUUUUGUGCAGCCACUUUGGUAGGUGCUUCAGGGAAUCAAUGAAUGAGAAGGAGCCUCACAAAGUGGGUCAGCAGAAAAGCUUGUACUCAGUAAAAGAUGUAGAAAACCUCAGAAUGAUCCAUUUUAGAGAAGCAAAUGAAUAAGAUGAGAUUGGUAUCAUGGACAGUGCACGUAAUGUAAGGGGAGCUGCAGUGAGGCAAGUCUGGUGAGUGGUAAUAUCUUAAAUAUACUAAGACAUAGGAAAGGAAAACUUGGUCCUCAUUAAUCUUAGCAGGAUUCCCUAAGACUAUCAAAGUAUUAGUUGAUUAAAUUAAGUUAAUCCUUGAUCUCCCCACUAAAUGACUCAACCUGGAAGGGACCACAGUCCAAGCAAAAUUCUGCUGAUCACUCUGGAGCAUCUAUCAGCAAAAGAUACCAUUAGGUACAGUUCAGUCAAAAACCCCAACUGGCACCAGAACUAAAACAAUAUUAUCAGCCCAAAAUAUCUUUAGGCCUCUGGCAUCCCUCUAUGAAAAAAAGGUUUUAUUUGCCUAAAGGAGUGAUUGAUGGUAAUGAUCCUGGAUUAAGAAGAUCAAGAAUUGUGAGCUUUCAAGGAGGUGAAAGGCCAAAUGCUGAGAUUAGGAGUUGGCAGUUUAAUUGAGAGAGGAAGGAGGAGGAAAUAGGUGGUAAAAGGGAAAAAGUAGGAAUCAGGCUUAAUUCCAUAUACGAAGGAAGUAUGUCCCACAAGGGUCAGCCACUGAUAAUUUUGGAUACCUCUUCAUAGCAGGACUUGAAUGUUUAUUUCCAUCACAAAUAUUCAGGAACUGAGAGGCAAUCAAGCCCUUUUGCAAGGAAUUAAAUUUAGAAUAAGGAGAACUGCCUAAUCUGAAAUAUAUUGAUUGUGAAAUACAUGGUCACAACAGAGAAAAGCUUUGCAGGACCCUGAGUUUGUUCUGAGUUUUCCACCAAAGGUAUGUGUGUAUGUUCUUGAGGAUACUUUAUAGAUAGUACAUAGAAGCAGAACAUUAUGGUCCACUUUUUACUUAGUUUAAUAUUUCUCUCUAUCUCAGGCAUUUUUGAAAGAAGAAAAGUGUUUAACUCAAUUUCCCUAGAAAAUGUCAACUUGGAUCAGUGUGAAGUAGCUCUGCCUACUCCCUUUGUGGAUCAAGAUAAAUUUUCCUCUUCAGACAUUUCAUACAGCUCUUAAAAAAAAAGAAUCUUGUGGCUCUGCCUUCAUGGCUCCUUGCAGCAUUCACCUCCUCUAUGCAUUUCAGUUAUUUUAUGGAUUUUUUUUUUCUAUUUUGUGUUUCUUCCCUUCUGCCGACUCACUAUCUGCCAGAGUCCUGGUCCCUCUUUCUUCCCACCUUUCUGCUCUGUGUUUCUGCUGCUGCAGAUCCCUCCUCAAGAUAAGAGCAACUAAAGGUGCUUUGAUCUUGACUUGGCAGAGCUUCAAGCCCUUCUGCCUCGAGGUACCUAGCUUGUUCUAGCAGAGGGAUGGGGAGGAGAAAGACACCUGAGGAGAUGGGAGAAGUUCUGUUGUUAUGGGUCAGUCUCACUACAGAUAUUGCCAGUGGAAGAGUUAUAGCUCCUAGCACAGACAGGAGCUAUAUUUCUUUGAGGGGAAAAAAAUUGCGUUGGUGAUCUACUUUCUCAUCCAUUUUUGAAAUUCAGUGCUGCCCAGAGAGGGGAGUAUGUAAGAACAAGAAGUAUCGGAAGUAUCUUAUUCAGUGGAUAUACUUUGUUUAAUUUUUAUACUUUGUUUAAUGUUUAAUUGUACUUUGUACAAAUGUUUAGAAGCAGCUGAACUUCUUGUCUUCAAGUUUUUAAUUUCUGAUUAUCCUUAUUGAGCUAAUAUGGAUACAAGAAAACUGAGUAGAAUUAUUUUUAAGUGUUUUUUUUAUAAGCCACCAAGGGGUUAUAAUAACUUUAACUGAAGUCAUUAUUCCAAAUCUGAAGUGGAUGUGUAGUCUGUGAUGGGUACAUGACACGGGUUAACCUCUAGUCAAGCUGCAGAGACUCAGAGGGGCUUUAUUUAUAACAAGAGAGAGAAUGCCCAAUGUGCAGCAGCCUUUGCUUAAAGAUGUACAGGGCUCUAGUUUAUUCCCCGGCAUGUCAACAAAUCUAGUAUGUAUAAUGAUUCCCAUUGUCAAAGCAACAAUUGCAGACAUGACAGUAAAACAUCACCUUUUCCUUCCUACUAGAAGAGAAUCCUUUCUCUGGUUUCCUGUAGGUCUUUAUGCACCUCGAGAGUUUAUUUGUAACCAGAACAUACGGAUAAAAGUUAUACCUGUCCUUUCACUAAACAAGUUCCUAGGAAACUGGAGUACCAGUGUAAAGCCUGUACAAAUGCACUGUCCAAAGGAUUGUCAGCCAAGGAACAGGGGUUUCAUACAAAGAAAAAUAAGACCCAAAUGGACAUGACCUGCCAUGUGCACUCACAGCCCAGAAAGCCAAACGUGUCCUGGGCUGCACCAAAAGCAGCAUGGUCAAGCAGGGCCAG